AUGGCAGUGCACCACGAGACACACGCUCAACGGGUGAACUGGCCCCAGAUCAGCCGGUUUUCAGCCAGUCCUGAAACUACCGAUGUUAUGGCCAAAUACAAGCAAUUAAGGGAUGAGCGGAAAAAGCUUCUCACGCCUGCACACAUGUACAUGAUUAACAUCCUGGCUGACAGGUUGUCUUUGGCGCCUUCUUCAGUUGAGGAUUUUAUUUUAGAUGCCCCUUCUCUUGAUGCAUUUGAUAAAUUCUUUGCAGAAGGAGGUAGCAAAUCUAUUUUCUUUGUUUUCCAAGAGGCUGACAUCCCAGGAAUUGAUUUACAGGUGCGAUAUGAGGACAUUGUUCACCUGACUGAAGUCACCGAUAUAGACUUUUCCAAAGUGACUUGCCUGAAUGAUAUGAAAGCUGCUGCUGCAGACCUCAAGAUUGUGCGUCGUUUUGAGGAAAUUCUAAUGACAUGGUACCAGGAAAUCGAUCAGGUCCUACUUGAGACUGAUCAACUGAGGAGACUUGAUGACUCUGCAGGACCGCUUUCUGAGUUAGAACACUGGAAACGAAUGUCUCAGAAGUUUAACUCAGUUAUUAAUCACAUCAAAAGCUCUGAAUGUAAAGCUGUGAUUAUGGUCCUUAAUAUUGGCAAGUCCAAAACAAUAAAGAUGUGGCGGGAACUUUAUGCCAAGGUUACUGAUCAUGUUAAUGAAGCAAAAGACAAUGUUAAGUUUCUGGGUACACUGGAAAAAGUCUGCCAGCCGCUUUACAUCAGUGACCCAGUUUCAAUCAUCAAAAGUUUGCAGAAUGUGUUCAACGCUAUUCACAUGAUUUACAAUGUGUCACUGUACUACAACACAGAUGAGAAGAUUGGCAUACUUUUUGUGAAAAUCACAAAUCAAAUGCUGAAUUCGUGUAGAGCUUACCUCACUGAAAAUGGACAAUGUCAAAUAUGGGACCAUAAUCCUGAGACUCUUACCCAGAAAAUGCAGGACUGUAUCUCCUUGUACAAAGAAUACAAGUCUUGCUUUGAACAGAAGACAAAGGAGAAGCAUUCAAAGAAACCCUUUUCUAAAGAGGUUUCAAAAAUGUUCAUAUUUGGAACAUUUGAUAUAUUUUGCAAGAAACUUGAAAAGAUCACACAGAUCAUUUCUGUUUUCAAGACAUUUGAGUGCCUUCAAAAAUCAGAAAUUGAGGGCACUGAGAUCUUUGCUAGACAAUUUCACACAGUGUCCAUGAAUCUGAAACAGAAACAGUAUGAUAUACUGGCCCCAACUAACUUUGAAUUUGCUCUUGAUUUUGUGAAGUUCAUGGGUCAAAUCAGCAAUCUUGAGACGCAGUUAUGGACAUUUAUGAGUUCAUCCUUUUGUAACAUCAUAACAUCUCAACAAGCUAUAUGCUUAUUGCGCCGUUUUCAGAAGCUCAACAUUCCCUGUUUGAAUGCCAAAACACCAGAUAUUAUGGCUCGUAUUCUCCAACAUUAUGUCACUGAGCUAAACAUAGUGAAUUUGUUAUACUCCAAGGAGAAAGACAACCCUCCCCUUGCCAGAAAUAUGCCCCCUAUCGCUGAGAGAAUUAUUUGGGCAAGAAAUCUGUACAAAAAGAUAGAGGAACCUAUAUCUUACAUCCAUGUCAACUCCAACAUCUUUCGAGGUCACGAGGGCCACAAUGUGGUCAAGAUGUACAAUCAAUUAGCUGCAGCUUUGACAGAUUAUGAAAUGGUUCACUACAAAGCAUGGAAGGAGGAAGUCUCACACCUUGAUGUUUUGAACUAUACACUUUUUAUUCGGCAUCCAAAGACCGGGCAAUUUCUGGUCAACUUUGAUCCUAAAGUAUCUGAGAUCAUUCGUGAGUCCAAGUGUUUUUUGACGAUGGGUUUGGAGGUUCCACUGGAGGCCAAACAUUUAGUCUCAUCAGAAAGCAAAAUCAAGACCUGUCGUGACAGGCUACAAAAUAUUUUGGAACAAUAUGAGUCAACUUGUCAGAAGAUACCAGCAGACUUCAGUGCUUUGAUGGCUUCAAAAGUGCAGGAUAUCUAUAAUAUCCACAUAAAUGAUGUGUUAAAGGACAUUUCUGAGAUGGUUUUGAUUGAGCUGCCAGAGUAUCCAACUACUUUACAGCAUCUGAUCUCCAUAAACAAAGAAUUCAGAAAUCUCUACGACAACUUAACUCCACAAGUCCUAGAGGCUCUUAUCAGAAUAACCAAGUUUUCUCUAGAGAAUCUAAAAAAACGAGUUUUGCCAAAAGCUGUAAUGUAUCCAUCACAUGCUGUAUACAACAAGUUAAAACGUCCGGCAAAGUCUAAGAUUGAUCCUUUGGUAAUGGUUCCCACUUUAAAUGAGAGUCAAGUGGCUGUUAACCAAAUAAUAGACACGGUACUGGAAAUAAACAAGGGCCUCACCUGCUGGAACCGAGAAUGCAGCACUUUUGACUUCAGUAACAAAAAGGAAGAAAUUGAGAAUUUUUAUCAUGAAGUUAGCGAACAUGAGGAAAUCAAAAAGAUAGUUAUUACUUUGAAAUCGGCAAUCACCUCUCAAAAAGGAGAAGUGCCCUGUGUGCUGGAUCAAUUCAACACCUUCAAAGCCCUGUGGACAGAGGACAAAAAUGUCAAAGUCAAGGAGUUCAUGGAAAGCCAACCAUCCCUGCUUCAAAUACAAUGUGAAAUCCAGCACUAUGAUUCCAUCCUUCAGGAAAUCGAUGGCAUUAUCCCCUUUAUUGUUUUAGGAUCUUCCGAACUGUCAACAGACCCUAUAAAGAAAACACUGACAGAAGAGACUCAAGCCUGGAAACAACUUUUGUGCAAUUUUUUAAAAGAGAAAUAUAAGCAGAAAAUGAUUGAAACAAGCAUUCACCUUAAUAAGUACUUUUCCCGGCUGUCUAACUCUGUCACUGAUCUGGAGGAUGUGCACUGUGCUAUGAAAGCCUUGUCCAAUCUCAGGGAUGUUGAAAUCCAAACUGAUAUGACGUUGAUUUCCAUUGAGGAGGCUUUUAACAUUCUUAAAACAUCUCAGACCUUUGUGACACAAAGAGAGUCAGAGAGUGUGUCCAAUCUGAGGAAUUUGUACAGCCAGCUCCAAGCACAAGCUAGAUCGGUGCAAAAUGAUCUUGUUCGAAGGCAACCCAUGUUUAGACAAAAUCUUUUGGAGUGUGUUUUCACUUUUAGGAAAAAUGUCGACAUAUUUAUGAAAAAAUAUGAUACGGAAGGUCCCUUGGUUGUAGGGAUUGCUCCACAAGAAGCUAGUCGCAGACUUCAGGCUUGUCAGGCAACAUUUGAAACAUUAUGGUCAAAUUUCACCACCUACACAUCCUGGGAGCAGCUUCUUGGCUUACCAGUCACAGAGUAUGAAUGUCUGCAUAAGAAAAAAAAAGAACUUGAUCUACUUCAGAAAUUAUAUGGCCUUUAUGACGCAGUGAUGAACAAGAUACAUGGGUAUUACAGCAUAUUGUGGACUAAUGUGGACAUUGAGAAAAUCAACUCUGAACUUUUAGACUUUCAGAACAGAUGCCGAAAGUUACCCAAAGGACUGAGAGAUUGGCAGACCUAUUUGGACCUUAAAAAAACCAUAGAUGACUUCAUUGAGUCAUGCCCACUGCUUGAGAUGAUGGCCAACAAGUCUAUGAUGCAACGACACUGGGAUCGGAUGGAGGAUCUGACAGGCCACCCUUUUCCAGUCGAGUCUGACAACUUCGCACUGAGGAAUAUUAUGGAAGCUCCUCUGUUGAAAUAUAAGGAUGAUAUUGAGGACAUUUGCAUAUCUUCAGUGAAAGAAAGGGACAUUGAAGCAAAGUUGUCCCAAGUGAAAGAUAUUUGGGUGGGCCAAACACUGAGUCUAAUGACAUUCAAAAACAGAGGAGAACUGAUGGUGAAAGGGGCAGAGGCAGCAGAGAUCCUCACCACACUGGAGGACAGUUUAAUGUUGCUUGGCUCUCUCAUGAGUAAUAGAUACAAUGCAUACUACAAAACUGAGAUUCAGGACUGGGUUUUUAAACUGUCUACUUCAUCUGAGGUCAUUGAACAGUGGAUGGUUGUGCAAAAUUUGUGGAUUUAUUUGGAGGCUGUAUUUGUUGGUGGAGAUAUUGCCAAAGACCUACCACAGGAAGCCAAGCGGUUUCAGAACAUUGACAAGACCUGGAUUAAACUCAUGGAGCGUGCACAGACAGUCCCGAACGUGGUGGAGUGUUGUGUUGGUGAUUCCACUUUAGUUGACCUUCUACCAGAUCUACAAAAGCAGUUGGAAUUCUGUCAAAAGUCUCUUGCUGGUUACCUUGAGAAAAAGCGGCUUAUCUUCCCACGCUUCUUCUUUGUAUCUGAUCCAGCUCUUCUGGAGAUUCUGGGGCAAGCCAGUGAUUCACACACAAUCCAGUCACAUUUGCUGGGAGUAUUUGACAAUGUCAGUGAAGUAGAAUUUCAUGUGCAAGAAUAUGACAAAAUUUUGACAUGCAUAUCGCAGGAGGGAGAGAAACUUCCUCUAGACAAGCCUGUAAUGGCCCAGGGAGCAGUUGAAUUGUGGUUAGGUGAUCUUCUGCAACAACAGCAGGUCUCACUGCAUUCUGUUAUCAAAAUGUCAGACCUGAAGAUCAACGAUGAGGACUUUGACCUUCUUUAUUUUCUUUCCAAGGUUCAAGCCCAGGUGGGCCUACUUGGUAUUCAGAUGCUCUGGACUCGUGAUGCAGAAGAUGCCUUGCACAAAGCUGAGUUUGACAAGGAAGUCAUGCCGGCAACUAAAAAGAAAUUCUUAAAUCUGCUGAGCACACUCAUCAAGCAAACUACUUAUGACUUAACUAAGUUUAACAGAGUCAAGUUUGAGACACUUGUCACUAUCCAUGUGCAUCAGAGUGAUAUUUUCAAUGACCUAGUUAAAAAACGUAUAAGAGCUGCCAGUGACUUUGAAUGGCUAAAGCAAAGCCGAUUCUACUUCAAAGCGUUUUUAGACAAAGUAAUAGUGUCUAUCACAAAUGUGGACUUCAUAUAUCAGAAUGAGUUUCUUGGGUGUACUGACCGUUUAGUCAUCACACCGCUAACGGACAGGUGUUACAUAACCUUGGCUCAGGCUCUGGACGUGAGCAUGGGAGGAGCCCCUGCAGGGCCAGCUGGAACUGGUAAGACAGAGACCACCAAAGACAUGGGCCGCUGCCUGGGCAAGUAUGUGGUGGUAUUUAACUGCUCUGAUCAGAUGGACUUCCGAGGGCUAGGCAGGAUUUAUAAAGGCCUUGCCCAGUCUGGUUCAUGGGGCUGCUUUGAUGAGUUCAACAGAAUAGAUUUACCAGUGCUGUCUGUGGCAGCUCAACAGAUUUACAUUGUCUUGCAAGCACGCAAAAAACGCAAAAACACUUUCAUCUUCACUGAUGGAGACUGUGUGGAUCUAAAUCCAGAGUUUGGCCUGUUUAUCACAAUGAACCCUGGAUAUGCUGGUCGGCAGGAGCUGCCGGAAAACUUGAAAGUGCAAUUCAGAACAGUGUCCAUGAUGGUUCCUGAUCGACAGAUCAUCAUGCGAGUCAAACUGGCCAGUUGUGGAUUCAAUGAAAAUGUUAUCUUGGCCCAAAAGUUUUUUGUCCUUUAUAAACUCUGUGAAGAGCAACUGACAAAACAGGUACAUUAUGAUUUUGGCCUGAGGAACAUUUUAUCAGUUUUGCGAACUCUUGGUGCUUCUAUACGAGCCAGGCCUGAUGACACAGAGUCGAGCAUUGUGAUGCGAGUGCUGCGUGAUAUGAAUCUCUCCAAGCUGGUGGAUGAAGACGAGCCUCUCUUUCUGAGUCUUAUUAAUGAUUUGUUUCCCGGCAUUCAAAUGGAUGGGAGCACAUAUGUUGAACUGCAAGCUGCUAUAGCCAAUCAAGUUAAGCUUGCUGGGCUUGUCAACCACCCCCCAUGGAACCUCAAGCUGGUCCAGCUUUAUGAAACUUCACGUGUACGACAUGGACUGAUGAUGCUGGGCCCAAGUGGUGCUGGCAAAACGACAGUCAUACACACUUUAAUGAAUUCCAUGACUGAAUGUGGAACCCCACACAAAGAGAUGCGCAUGAAUCCCAAAGCUAUAACUGCUCCCCAGAUGUUUGGGCGCCUGGAUGCAGCCACCAAUGACUGGACAGAUGGGAUAUUCUCUACUCUUUGGCGAAGGACACUGAAAGCCAAGAAAGGGGAAUUCAUAUGGAUUGUGUUGGACGGUCCGGUGGAUGCUAUAUGGAUUGAGAACCUUAACUCUGUGCUUGACGACAACAAAACAUUGACCUUGGCUAAUGGUGACCGCAUCACCAUGUCUCCGACCUGUAAACUGGUAUUUGAGGUGCACAACAUGGACAAUGCCUCCCCUGCUACUGUGUCCCGAGUGGGUAUGGUCUUUAUGAGUUCAUCAGCACUGAGUUGGCGACCCAUUCUGCAGGGGUGGACUCACAAACGCAAUGCGAAAGAUGCAGACAGUAUUUUGGCUUUAUAUGACAGAAUAUUUGAAGAUGCUUACUCAUUCAUGAAGCAGAAUCUUAAACCAAAAAUGGAGCUACUGGAGUGCAACUACAUAAUGCAGUCUGUGAACCUGCUGGAGGGCCUUAUCCCAACCAAAAAGACCGGUGGCGUAAUGGGUAGCCACCACACGGAGCGCCUCUUUGUUUUCUGCUUGAUGUGGAGUCUCGGUGCCAUUCUGGAGCUAAAGGACAGAGACAAGUUAGAAGCAUUUCUCCGAGCACAUGAAAGUAAAAUUGAUGUGCCCAAGACAAAACCAGGGGAAACCAUUUUUGAGUACAUGGUCAACACUAACGGUGAAUGGUGUCACUGGAAUGAACACGUAGGAGAGUACUCCUAUCCUACAGAUCAAAUACCAGAUUAUGCCUCCAUUCUUGUGCCAAAUGUGGACAACACAAGAACAUCUUUUUUGCUGGAAACUAUUUCUAAGCAACGAAAAGCUGUGCUGCUGAUAGGAGAACAAGGAACUGCAAAGACCGUCAUGAUUAAAAGCUUUACAAAAAAUUAUGACACUGAGACCGACCUGUCCAAGUCCCUGAACUUCUCUUCAGCUACAGAGCCCAUGAUGUUUCAGAGAACCGUGGAGAGCUACAUUGAGAAGCGUGUUGGAAGCACUUACGGACCACCUGGGGGACGUAGAAUGACCAUUUUUAUUGACGAUAUAAACAUGCCAGUUGUGAAUGAAUGGGGAGAUCAGAUCACCAAUGAGAUAGUUCGCCAGAUGAUGGAAAUGGGUGGAAUGUAUAAUCUGGACAAACCUGGAGACUUCACAACUAUUGUGGAUGUACAGAUACUGGCAGCAAUGAUUCAUCCUGGUGGUGGAAGAAAUGACAUCCCACAAAGGCUCAAGAGACAGUUUACAGUUUUAAACUGCACUCUUCCUUCUAACACCUCCAUUGAUAAGAUCUUUGGUGUGAUAGGUUGUGGCUAUUUCCAUACAGCUAGGAAAUUCAAGACAGAAAUAACUAACAUGAUCACAAGCCUUGUAUCUGCCAGCAGAAUAUUGUGGCAGUGGACUAAGAUAAAGAUGCUCCCUACCCCAUCUAAAUUCCACUAUGUCUUCAAUCUGAGGGAUCUGUCCAGAAUCUGGCAAGGAAUGCUCAAUAUUAAGGCCGACGAGUGUGGUGGUACUUCUGUACUUUUAGCCCUUUUCAAAAAUGAAUGCACACGAGUCAUUGCAGAUAGGUUUAUUUGUGCCGAAGACAGAGAAUGGUUUGAAAAGGCGAUUACUCGUGUGAUCCAAGAACAUGUGAACUCCGACCUGGUUUCACAGUUGCAUCCUGAGCCAUAUUUUGUUGAUUUUCUACAAGAUGCCUCAGAACCCACAGGAGAAGAAGAGGAUGAUGCUUGUUUGGCUGCACCAAAAAUCUAUGAACUGGUCUCCUCCUUUGAGUUUCUGUCAGAGAAGCUGAUGAUGUAUCAGACCCAGUACAAUGGGUCCCAUCCCAGUACCCUGGAUUUGGUUUUCUUUAGAGAUGCCAUGACACAUCUUAUCAAGAUUUCACGUAUCAUUCGAACUGCAAAUGGCAAUGCACUACUUGUAGGAGUUGGAGGAUCGGGGAAGCAGAGUUUGACUCGUCUUGCUUCAUUCAUUGCAGGAUACAACAUCUUCCAAAUCACACUAACAAGGUCAUAUAACAUAAACAAUUUCAUGGACGAUCUAAAAGUAUUAUACAAGACUGCUGGGGCUGAGGGCAAAGGCAUCACAUUUAUCUUCACAGACAAUGAAAUCAAAAAUGAGGCCUUCCUCGAGUAUCUAAACAAUGUCCUUUCUUCUGGAGAGGUAUCCAACCUUUUUGCUAAAGAUGAAAUCACAGAAAUUACUCAGAACUUGAUCUCAGUGAUGAAAAAGGAGUUUCCUCAUAUUCCACCAACUUUUGACAACCUCUAUGACUACUUUAUUUCCCGUUCCAAAAAGAAUCUGCAUGUAGUUUUAUGUUUCUCACCAGUUGGUCAGAAGUUUUCUUCAAGAGCUUUGAAGUUUCCAGGACUGAUUUCUGGCUGCACGAUGGACUGGUUCACUCCUUGGCCAACUGAAGCUCUUGUGGCUGUGUCCAACUAUUUCUUGUCAGAGUUUCACUUGGUUUGUACCCCUGAAGUGAAGUCUGCAGUGAUGUCUACCAUGGGCACAUAUCACGACAAAGUAUCAGAGACAUGUGAACGCUACUUUGAAAGGUUCAGAAGAAGAUCUCAUGUCACACCAAAAUCCUUUCUCAGUUUUAUUAAUGGGUACAAAUCUUUGUACAAUGAAAAACAUAAUUAUAUCAACACAUUGGCAGAGCGCAUGAAUGUUGGAUUGGCUAAACUUAUGGAGGCGAGUGAGUCUGUUGCUAAACUUUCAAAAGAACUAGUAGUGAAAGAAAAAGAGCUCGCAAUAGCGUCAGUCAAAGCAGAUAAGGUGGUGGCAGAAGUCACAGUUAGCAAACAGGCUGCUACCAUUAUAAAAAAUGAGGUCCAGAUUGUCAAAGAUCGAGCUCAGAAAAUUGUUGAAGAAAUUGGUAAGGAGAAGGCCAUUGCUGAAAAGAAACUUGAAGCUGCAAAACCUGCUUUAAAAGAGGCUAAAGCUGCACUAAAUACCAUCAAACCAGCCGACAUAGCCAUUGUGAAGAAGUUGGCUAAGCCCCCACAUCUGAUUAUGAUUAUUAUGGACUGCUGUCUGCUUUUAUUUCAAAAGAGAGUGGACACAAUAUCUAUUGAUCCUGAACGGCACUGUCUCAAGCCAUCGUGGUCAGAAGCACUAAAAAUGAUGAGUGGAGCUGGAUUUCUGCAAAAUCUCCAACAGUUUCAAAAAGACAAAAUUAAUGAAGAAACUGUGGAGCUGCUUCAUCCAUAUUUUGACAUGGAGGAUUAUACAAUGGAGCAUGCAAAGAAAGUCUGUGGUAGCGUAGCAGGUCUUCUUGUCUGGACAAAAGCCAUGGCCACCUUUUAUGGAAUCAACAAGGAGGUUCUGCCACUCAAGGCAAACCUAGCCGUACAAGAAAGCCGGCUUAGACUGGCUAUGAAUGAACUAAACACAGUCGAAGCUCGGCUAGCAGAGAGCAAGGCAGAAUAUGAUCUUGUGAAAGCCAAAUCUGAUGCUGCCACGAAGGAGAAAGAGGACCUAUUGGCUGAUGCAGAAAAUUGCAGGAAUAAAAUGCAGACUGCAUCUGCUCUUAUUGAUGGUUUGAGUGGAGAGAAGAAUCGAUGGAUAGAACAGAGCAAAGAGCUUAAAUCACACAUCAACAGACUUGUGGGUGAUGUGCUUCAGCUCACUGGUUUUCUGUCAUACUGUGGACCAUUUAACCAAAGUUUCCGAGACAUGCUAAUAAAGAUCUGGGAGGCUGAGCUCAAGAAAAAUAAAAUCCCUUUCACAGAAAACCUUAACCUUAUUACUGCCUUGGUUGACCCUCCUACUAUAAGUGAGUGGUAUCUUCAGGGUCUGCCAGGAGAUGAUUUAUCAGUGCAAAAUGGCAUCAUUGUUACAAAGGCAACAAGAUACCCCCUGCUGAUAGAUCCUCAGACACAAGGAAAAGCCUGGAUUAAGAAAAAGGAACAGGCCAAUUCACUUCAAGUGACAUCACUUAAUCACAAAUAUUUCCGUACCCAUUUGGAAGACUCUUUGUCUUUGGGACGCCCCCUGCUUAUUGAAGAUGUCCGAGAGGAGCUUGACCCUGCUCUUGAUAAUGUUCUUGAGAAAAACUUCAUCAAAUCUGGGACAAGUUACAAGGUUAAAGUCGGAGACAAAGAAAUUAAUGUCAUAGAAGGAUUUCAGCUGUAUAUUACGACCAAACUCCCAAAUCCAGCAUACACACCUGAAGUGAGUGCAAAGACGUCUAUCACUGAUUUCACUGUCAACAUGAAAGGUUUAGAGAACCAGCUCCUUGGUCGGGUCAUUCUCCAAGAGAAACAUGAAUUAGAAGCAGAAAGGUUAAAGCUGAUCGAAGAUGUAACUGCAAACAAGAGAAAGAUGCAGGAGUUGGAAGACAAUUUGUUGUACAAACUCAGUAGCACUAAAGGUUUCUUGGUUGAUGAUGACUGCAUGAUUGGUAUUCUAAGUACCACAAAGCAAACUGCUGCUGAAGUUAGCGCAAAGAUCAAUGUGGCAGCAGACGCAGAGCUGAAGAUCAAUUUAGCUCAAGCUGAAUAUCGGCCAGUGGCUUCUCGUGGGAGCAUCCUGUACUUCCUCAUCACUGAGAUGAGCAUAGUCAAUGUCAUGUACCAGACCUCACUUGGACAGUUCCUUAAAAUCUUUGACCUAUCACUUGAAAGGUCAAAAAAGUCCUCUAAAAUGCAGAAGAGGAUUGCAAACAUUAUUGAACACCUCACAUUUGAAGUGUUCAGGUAUACAGCCAGAGGCCUAUAUGAAAACCAUAAAUUCAUUUUCACAUUGCUCUUGGCUCUUAAGAUUGAUUUACAGAACAACAAAAUAGAACAUUCCAAGUUUCAGAUACUUAUUAAAGGAGGCGCCGCUCUGGACUUGAAAACCUGCCCUCCAAAGCCAUUCAGUUGGAUCUUGGAUAUGGUUUGGCUGAAUCUAGUAGAACUCAGCAAACUGACCCAGUUUAUUAACAUAAUACAUCAGGUAACUCAAAAUGGAAAAGGAUGGAAAGCCUGGGUAAAUGCUGACGCUCCAGAGGAAGCUCCGAUGCCAGAUGGAUAUAACUCUCUUGAUGUGUUCCACAAACUUCUGUUGAUCAGAUCCUGGUGCCCUGAUCGUACAUUAUGUCAAGCCAUGAAAUAUGUGGAGGACUCAAUGGGAGCUAGGUUUGCAGAGCCAGUGAUCUUGAAUCUUCACAGUACCUGGGAAGAGACUGACCCUCACACUCCAUUGAUUUGCUUCCUUUCAAUGGGCUCUGAUCCAACCGAGCAAAUUGAAGCUCUUGCUAAGAGACUACAAUUGGAAUGUCGAGCCAUAUCAAUGGGGCAAGGGCAAGAAAUACAUGCAAGGAAGCUAGUUCAGACAACAAUGGCACAAGGUGGCUGGGUGCUUCUGCAGAAUUGCCAUCUGGGUCUGGAGUUCAUGGAUGAAUUGCUUGAAACUAUCACUGUAACAGAGACUAUGCAUGACAGCUUCAGAGUGUGGAUCACCACUGAGCCUCACAAUAGGUUUUCUAUUGCACUUCUACAGUGCUCUAUCAAGUUUACCAAUGACCCACCUCAAGGAGUCCGUGCUGGCUUGAAGAGAACAUUUGCUGGAAUUUCACAAGUACAACUUGAAAUCAGUAAUUUGCCUACAUGGAAGCCUCUGCUUUACAGUGUGGCCUUCCUCCAUACUGCUGUCCAGGAACGGCGUAAAUUUGGACCAUUGGGUUGGAACAUCCCUUAUGAAUUUAACUCAGCUGACUUCACUGCAAGUGUUGAAUUUGUGGAAAAACACUUGGAUGAGUGUGGAAAGGAUGUAUCGUGGAUUACUGUACGCUACAUGCUGUCCGAGGUGCAGUACGGUGGAAGAGUAACAGAUGAUUAUGACAAACGACUCCUGCAGUGUUUUGCCAGAGUGUGGUUCAGCAAAGAGAUGUUUGAUCCUUCAUUUUGUUUUUACACGGGUUACAAAAUUCCAGUGUGUAAAACUGUAAAAGAAUAUAUGGAAUACAUUCAAAGCCUGCCCACAACAGACUCACCUCAAGUUCUGGGUCUACAUCCAAAUGCUGACAUAAGGUACCAGACAAAUACCUCCGCUGAUGUCCUCGACACAAUAACAAAUAUACAACCAAAAGACAGUGGAGGAGGGUCAGGAGAGACCCGUGAGUCUAUAGUUUACAAAACUGCAGAAGACAUGUUGGACAAAUUACCCCCAAUCUUUGUGCCUCAUGAGGUGAAAGCCAGACUCAUAAAGAUGGGAGCCCUGAAUCCAAUGAACAUCUUUCUCCGUCAAGAAGUGGAUCGGAUGCAAAGGAUUAUUACUGUUGUACGCAUCAGUCUCACUAACUUGAAGCUUGCUAUUGAUGGCACCAUCAUAAUGAGUGAGAACUUACGUGAUGCCCUAGAUAACAUUUUUGAUGCCCGUGUCCCAAAGCUAUGGAAGAAAAUCUCUUGGGAGUCAUCUACUCUAGGUUUCUGGUUCUCUGAGCUCCUGGAGAGAAACAAGCAGUUCUUCAGCUGGGUGUUUGAGGGACGGCCCAAAACCUUCUGGAUGACAGGCUUCUUUAAUCCUCAGGGUUUUCUGACGGCCAUGAGACAAGAAGUAACCAGGGCCAACAAAAGCUGGGCACUUGAUACAGUCACCCUGACAAACACAGUGCUCAAACAGACCAGAGAGGAGAUCACAGCAGCUCCUGAUGAAGGGGUGUAUGUCUAUGGCCUAUAUCUGGAUGGGGCCGGAUGGGAUAGAAAAAACACUUAUCUCAUUGAGUCCUCCCCAAAAGUGCUAUUUACUCUUCUACCAGUCAUCCAUAUGUUUGCUGUCAACUCCACCACCGCCCCGGACCCAAAACUGUACAUCUGCCCCAUCUACAAGAAACCAAGGCGCACUGACUUGAAUUACAUCACUGCUGUGGUAUUGCCCACAGUACAGUCACCUGACCACUGGAUACUGCGUGGAGUUGCAUUACUCUGUGAUAUCAAAUAA